CAAAGGAUACAGAAAAAAGUGGUAGGGGAUUAAAAGAAGAUGAUCGACAGUCAUGAUGCCAUACUAAGAUGAAUACUGCUUGUUUUUUAUAUACCUUAAUCUGAAACCGUGCAGUUAUUUCUGGUGUGGGUAGAAGGUUGCAUAUACCGUACUUUCUUCUGUAUUUGUUUAUUUUUUGGGUUAAAUCCCGUGAGCUUCCGUUGAGACAACACUACAAUACAUCAAAGCAUUUUUUAUGUAAGAAAAUGUCCAGGAAAAAGACAGUCAAAAGCAAAAAUAACAGCACCCCAACAGCCACUUUGCACUGUAAAGAGAAUGGGACGUCGGGAAAGGGUACGGGGUCUGAGAUGCCACUAAACAGCGUGGUGCGCCCGAGCAGACCCUCUCUGAGCAACAGCAGCGAGUUUUAUGACAUUGCAUUUAAGGUGAUGCUGGUUGGUGAUUCUGGAGUUGGGAAGACCUGCUUGCUGGUGCGUUUUAAAGACGGAGCUUUUCUUGCUGGGAGCUUUAUUUCCACAGUUGGAAUAGACUUCAGGAAUAAAGUAUUGAAUGUGGAUGGAGUGAAAGUCAAGCUGCAGAUAUGGGAUACUGCUGGACAGGAAAGAUUUCGAAGCGUUACUCAUGCCUACUACCGGGACGCACAUGCACUGCUGCUGUUCUACGAUGUGACCAACAAAACUUCUUUUGACAACAUCCAGGCAUGGCUGACAGAAAUCCAUGAAUAUGCACAGCAGGAUGUUGUGCUCAUGCUACUGGGUAAUAAGGCUGAUGCCACCCACGAGAGGGUUGUAAAGAGAGAGGAAGGAGAAAAGCUAGCCAAGGAGUUUGGAGUGCCGUUUAUGGAGACAAGUGCCAAGACUGGCUUGAAUGUUGAGUUGGCAUUCAUGGCCAUCGCAAAGGAGCUGAAACACAGAUCAAUGAAGAUGCCAAACGAACCUGGAUUCAAACUGCAUGAGUAUGUGAAUAAGGAGAUGAAGAGUUCUGGCUGCUGCAAGUCCUAAUCCUUUAGCUCUCACUGCUGAUGUGUUUGCAAAUCCAACAAGACACUGAGAGAGGGGAAACAUGCCCGGGUGGAACCGUUUAGUUUAUUUCAAUGUUAUAAAGAUAUUCUCUCAGUGGAAUGUCUGUGCAUGUCCGUACCGUGUGUCUGUACUGUGGACAAUAUUUAAAAGAUAUGUCUUUAAGGACGUCAAAACUAUAGUUUUAAAGCUAAGAGGCUGCCAACCACCCUCAUUACAUUUUCCCUGAAUACUACCUAACACCCCCACCCCCCACCACACCUCGUUAACCUCGAGGCAUCACAAGCAGAGAGCCAGCUUUACUGAUCACCAACCUACACUCUUUGCAUUUAUAUUAGAGAACUAGCUCAUUCUGUGCCCUUAGCGACACUGUGGUUUUAACCCUUUGCUACCAACGCGCUCUAAUUUCAGAAGUGGUAGUGGAUGACGAAACAUGAUAUAUCUCAGCCGUCCAAUCAACUGAUAUCGUCCAAUCGUCCAAUCUUGUUUUUCAAUUGGAAUAGCCAUGGCUACAGUGAAUAUCCCCAUGUAAUUGGUUUAGGGUUGCUGUAGGUGUGGCUUUUUAAAUUUUUGUUUCAUUUUUGAAUCUGCCAUUUUCUGGCUUCAAUGGAAAAUUGUAUUGAUACUCACUUGUUUGAAAUGUCUAUAUCUCCUGUUCUACAAGCCCAAAAGUGCUGAUCUAUAACUCAUCCGAAAGCUAAGAACUGGGACUAACUAGUUGUUUUUUAUUUUACAUGUUAUUAUUAAAAUUAACUUUAUACGCUUUUUAAAAUAUUACUUCCGAAAUGUUUUUCGCCCCGCUCUGUGUCUGUGUGCAUAUGCGUGCAGCUGCAGGGCACAUCAGAUGCCUACUGAGACAAACAACUAAUUAUUGAAAAGACCUCUAAGAUAGCCCUCUUAUAAAUGUUUUACUGUUAUUUUUAAUUAUAUACGUUUUUAUUUUAUUUUGUGUCCUGCUUUUAAAAUGUUUCUCUGGGUGGAGUUGAAAGUAAAUAUGACAUAUGUCUGAUCUCUAGCUAGCUAACUUAGUAUAUUUGCCAUGUCAGUGUUGUUUUAUCAUUAUUUUGUUUAUUGGGAAGCCUGUUGUUAU